AUGUCCACAGAAGCACACGAACCCCCCAAAUACGAGUGGCUUAUAGUCGCCCCGGAUUACGCCGAUGUUCUCGAAAAGCGCAUGGCAGUUAGACAAUCACACUUUGAAGGCUUACAGCCAGGUAUCAAGUCUGGCUUUUGGCAAAUGGGUGGUGCUUUCCUCUCUGACGUACCAAAAGAGGGAGAGCCUAUGAAGAUUAUUGGUUCCGCUAUGGUAGCUCUCGCGGCAACCAAAGAAGAAGUCGUCGAACGACUGAAGGCCGAUGUUUACAAUGCAAAUGGUGUUUGGGACUUGAGCAAGGUCCAAAUCUACCCCUUCAAGUGGUUCCGGUAA